CUUCCCUCAGCGCGGCCGUUAGCGCCCGUGGACGCCGCCAUGUUGGCGCUGGUGAGGGCGGCGGGGCGGGCCCUGGCGCUGCCCGCGGCCUCGCGGGGCAUCGGGGGCGGUGGGGGGGGGCGGCCGGGGCCCCCCCUGCCCCUCUCGUCCCCUCUGGCUGGGCUGUCGCCGAGCUUCCGCGUGCGGGAGCCGCCCAAGCCGCAGCAGGUGGAUCGCUGGACGGAGAAGCGGGCCUUGUUCGGGGUCUACGACAACGUGGGCAUCCUGGGCGGCUUCAAGAUGCACCCCAAGGACCUGAUCGUGGGGCCCAAGUGGCUGCGGGGCUGGCGGGGCAACGAGCUGCAGCGGUGCCUGCGCAAGAAGCGGAUGGUGGGCGACCGCAUGUUUGUGGACGACUACCACAAGCUCAGCAAGAGGAUCCGCUUCUUGUACCGCCGCUUCAACCGCACCGGCAAGCACCGCUAGGAAGGAGCCAAGGGGGGUUUGGCUUGCCGAGUGUGCUUCUGAGGCGUCGCGGUCUGAAUAAAGACUGUUGUUCCUA